AUGCGCAACGAAAUGGGAUCGUUCACUGCAAGGGCUCAGCCGCGGGAGGUUGAGAGAGCUUCCGGGGACUGCCUUUCCCUAGAUACCUCACAUGGUGCUCCAGAUUAUCCAUGGCGUCUGGCACUGGCAGAGCCGCCCUUGUCCGAGUGGAAGCCCCUCCUAGCGCCAGGCGAGGUCCAGAUCGGCCUCUGCAUCGUGCUCGCGUCCUCUUUUCGCGGCGGCGGCCAGGACACCGCGUCCCUUCCUCCCUUGGAUCCUUCGGCAGCUCAGGUGCCUCGCCGCCGCGCCGCGGGUUCUGCUCUUGGUCCGCCCAUUCAGCUCCUCAAACCCAGACUCGCGUGGAGGAAGACCCUUUUUGAUCCUUACGAGCACCGUAUAUCCAGGAUCCGGACGAGGGGCUUAUCUGGCUUGGUAUCCGAGCGCGCCGCCCCAGGACCUCCAGUGAGUUGCCUUCCUGCGCAGGAGAAAGAAGCCCUGGGCAGACGCGGUGAAGCUGAGGCGCUGGGAUAUCCUAGAGGAGGUUUACUGUCGUUGCCACAACCUUCGGGUUUGCAACAAGGGAAGGCCAUGGAAAGCUCAUACGAGAUGAAAGUGCUGCUGUGGUCCGUGACCUGCGGCGUGGCUCUCAUUCUCGGCCUCAUGGUGGCCAUCACGUAUCUCCUCCUGCGGCAGAACAAGCUGCUCAAAGCCAGGCGGAGCGCCAGUUCGGGUCCGCCCCCGAGGAUCACCCGCGCCAAGUCUCGACGAGGACCCUCCAAGGACGAAGUGAGCUACCUCACCCCCACCGGCCUCCCCCCGCCGGUGAGCAGCAUCGGGCGCGGGGACCAGCCGCCGCGGCCGAAGGGCGUGCACUUGCCGAUGCGCCACCAGCCCAUCGAGGACUCUCCAGCGUCGUCUCUUGAUAACCACAUUUACGAGGACGCUGACUACAUGUACGAACCGAUUCAGAGAGUUUCUAGGGUUCUCCGGAGGGCGAGAGGCGGCCGACAGACUCGCUCCUGAGGAACCGUGCUGAGCUUUUCUUCCCGCCAGACACACAUACACAGACACACACGCACACAUACACGAACAUUAAUGCACACAGACACGCUCAUAAACACACACACACACACACACA